AUGCGAGCGCGGCGUCAAAAUUUUGUGUCACGUGGAAUGUCUCGUCGUGCGCCUCCGCCGAUUGAGGGAUUGUACUCACUGAAAGUCGACAAUAUCUCCUACAAUACUACUCAAGCUGAUCUUCGUAGAAUGUUCGACAAAUACGGCGAAAUUGGAGACAUUCAUAUCCCUCGAGACAAGUACACCCGUCAGAGCAAAGGUUUCGGAUUUGUUCGCUUUUACAGCCGACGCGAUGCCGAGUACGCUAUGGACCGUACAGAUGGGCGUUGGGUUGAAGGUCGCGAAAUUCGUGUUGCGAUGGCUCGUUAUGAAAGACCAAUCGAUGAACGUGGCAGUUACACGAGGCGCGGGAGCUGUUUGCAGUCACGGCUGAAGCAGUCGCCUAGUAUUAGCAGUCCCGAGAGCAGAUGUGCAGCCGUGCAGUGCAGUAUCAGUGCAGAACAUCAUUUCGGGGUGCAGAUUCUGGCUGUCAGCAUCUAUGGUGCUGAAAGAACCAGCAGUUAUUGCCGAUUACAUGGUCGACCUGAUCCAAGCUAUUAA